AUGGAUAAAAUGUCUGCUAGCGGAGAGACACGUGUAUUCGGUCGUAACUCUGAUAGUAUAUUUAAGGAAUUGGAUCAAAUACGUAAAAAACAAAUAACUUUAGCCGUCGAACAUAUUUCGUUAGAAAACUUACCAGAUGAAGAAAUGUCAUUUGCUAAAGAACCAGCAGAAGAUUCUGAAGAAAACUUUAAAAAGAAUUCAGAACAAUUUGCAAAGAAAGAAUAUGAUCUAAAUAAUUUGAUGACGAAUUUGAAUAAUUUAAUAGGAAAGUUGGAAGAUUUAGUUUCUUCUAAAAACCCUGAUGGUAGUCCUGAUAUCGGGAAUCCUAAUAUUAACCCACUUGAAUCUGACAAAUGUAAAAAUUCUUCCAUAGUUUCUGAUGUUGAAGAUGUGUGUAAUAUCAGAAAUCCUCCUUCUAGUUCUUCAACUUUUCAACCUGUUGCAUCGUCUUCUUUCAAAGAUUCAAUGAAAGAAAAAUAUGAUUUAUCAUUUGCAUCAAAACCAUCAGCUAUUUAUGAUUCUCGCCCUCUAAUAAAUAUAGUUCCUGCUAAUUCUUCAUCUGAGAAUGAUGCAAAGAAAUCGAUUAAUGACGAUAAUAAUAUUUUUGAUCCUCCAAUUAUUAAUAUAGUUCCUACCAAAUCUUCAUUACCUGUUAAAAUUAACCAAUCUAAACAUGAUGAAUCUUUAAUAACUGUCCCUCACAUUUUAUCAAAUCCUUCCUCAUCUUCAAAUGUUCUAAUACCUUCUUCUACUAAACCUUCCGUACCUUCACUCUUGGAUAAUAAAUUUCGUCGUAAUAGAAGUUCAACUAUAGUUAAUAUGAGUUCUUUUUCAAAGCCCAAAAGUUCGGAUAUUGGAAAUUCUUUGAUCGCUAAUAAAGAUGCUAAUAAAGAUGUUAAUAAAGAUACUACGAAACAACCUCGAAAACGUCAACUUAAACGUAUGGGAUCAGCCCCUACUCUAAACAUUCCUUUUAUGUCUAUGACUAAGAAUUUUAAAAUUCCUUCGACAAAAUCUAUGACAAAUUUGAAUGAGUUGGAAGCAAAAUCUGAUAGUGAAACUCCAAAACAAUAUCUUGAAAGGAUGAUGUAUAGUAUUUCAAGAUCAAAAUUAGUUACAAUAAUAGCACAAAAAACAGAUACUUUUCAUCAAUCUGCUCUUAAAGCUUAUAUGGAAUCUUUUGAAUUUGAAAAAGUCCCUAUUGAUCUUGCUUUAAGGAAACUUUUAAUGGAUUGCAAUUUACCAAAAGAAACUCAACAAAUUGAUCGAGUUAUAGAAGCAUUUGCAAAAAGAUAUCAUGAAUCAAAUCCUGAUUUAUUUCCUUCUGCAGAUACUCCUUAUAUUCUUGCUUUUUCUUUAUUAAUGCUUCACACAGAUGCAUAUAAUAAAAGUGUGAGACGAAAGAUGACAAAGGAAGAAUUUGUCAAGAAUACUCGUAUCGAUGGUGUUAAUCCUGAAAUAUUAGAGAUUCUUUAUGAUAAUAUUACUUUCGCUCAAUUUAUAUAUGCUCAAGAUGAUACCGAUGUUAAUGGUCAAACGAUGCUUGAAUCUCCAACACAACAUCGUCAGAUGAAAUUUUUCUCUUCAAAAGAACGAAGGAAGUCUUCGCGUCCUAGGAAUGAUCCUUACUGGGUUAUACAGACCAAAUUACCAACUGAAUUUAAACCAAAAAUCAAAGAUAUUGUUCCUACAGAAAAUCCAUAUUCUUACAUGGGAACCCUUCCAGCUUUAGAUAUUGCUGACCUUCAUCGUGCAUUCUCUGCUCCUAACACUAUUCGGAUCACGGGUGUUCAAAAUAGACGUAAGAGUCAUGCCUUUAAAAGUACCUCGAGUUCUUUCCAAUCAACAAAUGAAGAUGGAACCUUCCUUUUAAAGAUAACUAAAAGUGGUAAACUUGGAAGAAAGGUCGAUUUAAUAGAUGGUAAAAAGAAAUCUAGUUUUAUAAGGAGUUGGAGAAUAUAUGGUGUCAUAUUAAGUGGUAGUCAGUUGAUGUUCUUUAAAGAUGAAGCUGGGUUUAAUGCUCAGAUGAAAAAAUUAAAAAAUUCCGAGAAAUCUGCAACGUUACCUGUCCUAAAACCUGACGCAAUACUCAUGACCGCUGAUUCUGUGGCGGUGUAUGAUAAAAACUAUGAAAAAUAUAAAAAUGUAUUUCGUUUAGUAUGUCCAAAAGGUCAUCAAUAUUUAUUUCAAGCCGAAAGUGAUGCAGAAAUGAAUGAUUGGAUAUCAAAAAUUAAUUAUGGGGCUACAUUUAAAACUGCUGGAUUAAAAAUGAGAAAUAUUCGAAAUCCAAGUGUUGGACAACAAAGGAGAGGUACUACUGGUAAUGGAUUGAGAGUUGGUGUUGGAAUGUUCGGACUCAGUCAUGAUGCUGCUGCUAAAGAAGCUCAAGGUCGGGUUAAUUUGGUUAGGGCAAAAAUUGAUGAACUUCAAGGAAAGAUUUCAGCAUUAACAUCACAACUUCAAACCGACAUUCGAUUCCGAAACAAUCUAUUUCUAAUGAUACCAUAUAAAGCAUCAACAAGAGAUCGUAUAUUACAAGUAGCAACAUCUGUAGCUUCACGAUUAAAACAUACAUGUUUAGAAUUAAGUAGACUUGUAUGUUAUAACGAAAUUCUUGAAAAAGAUUUAUGUUCAACAGUAAUGGAAGAUACAACAUAUUGGCAAAAUCGAAGAAGUUAUUUUACACCUGGAGAUAAUAGUACGGAUGAUACAUGUAAUUCAUUUUUAUUUACUUCAACAAAUUUUCCUUCAAUAACUUUAGGUGUUCCAGAAACUUUUGGUCAACUAUUUGUAAAAGAACCUAUUAGUAGUAGUAAUAAAUUACUUGAUCCAGCUGAAAGAGAUGCUGAAAAUAAUUUACGACCUGCUACUAUGGCUUUGUUACCUUGCGCUUCUACAACUUCUUUAUCUUCAAAUUCAAGUACUGGUGGUUCAAGUAGAUCUACACUUUCUAUUAAUGGAGAUAAUGAAGAGGAAUAUGAUUUUCAUGGAAAUGUCUCUGAAUAUGAACUUGAAAUAUUUCCACGAAAUGGAUAUCGCAAUGAAGAAGAUCGUGAUGAUAUUAGUUUUAGGGAUGAUGCUAGUAGCAUAAUUAUGCUUGAUGAUAUUAAAGAACAAUCAUCUUUAGUUAAUAAAAAUGAAUCUGAAGAAUAUGAAGCUAGUUUAAUUGAUAUUGAGACAGAAUAUAACGGUGAAUGUUCUUAUGAUAAAGUGGAAAUAAAUGUAGUAGAGCCUACCAAAAUUAUAUCACCAUCAUCUUUGGAAAAUGAGAAAGAAAGUAAAUCCGUAAAUGAAACAUUUGUUCCAAAAGAUCAAUUAAAUAUUUCCCAAAUUCAGUUAGAUUUAAAACCUGAAAGCACAACCUUAGAUUUAGGAAUAAAGAACAAAAACGAAGUAACGGUACCAGUUCUCGUUAUAUCAACUGUUGAAGAAGAAUCAAAGGAUGAAGUGAAUGAUGGUUAUGCUUCGGAUGAUGGUGGUGACCAGUUUGUUGACGCUGAAGAAUGGGGAUCGUAA